GGGGCACACGCAGCAGAGCAGCAUCCGCAUGCUGCACAGCUCUGCUCACUUCACUUCACAUCAAAGUCGCGCCGUUCAUGCGCUCCCUUUCGCCAGGACCAGUACGAUCCGCCAGAGUCCCUCAACGACUACAACGGCGUCCUCGGUCUCGCCACCAGAACAACCACGACAGCCUGUGGUUUCAGCCCACCGUGCGACAGGAGCCGCCUCGAUCGACAGGCACACGACCAUCCACCCCCUCGACGCGCUACCCGUACUCGAUGCCGUUCUGAGACACUUGAGAAGAUCGAGUCGCAGACGUGCCAAGAUGGUCGGCUUGCUCGAAGCACCACAGAGACUGCCAUCAUCCGUCGACGCUUAGAAACAAUCAUCUCUUUCUGCGGCUCAGCAGCACCGAAAUAGUCGUGUGCCCCGGCAGGGUGGCACCGCACAACUUGUCACCAUGUUCGAGAAAUCGCUUUACGACCUCAUCCGGGGGAUGCGGAAUCACAAAGGCAAAGAGAAGGAGUACAUCCAGAACUGCCUGAAAGAAUGCAGGGCGGAAAUACGCGGCCAGGAUAUGGACCUGAAGGCGACUGCCUUGCUGAAGCUCGUCUACCUCGAAAUGUUUGGCAAUGACAUGUCAUGGGCGUCUUUUCACGUUCUCGAGGUCAUGUCCUCGCCAAAGUAUCACCAGAAACGCAUAGGCUAUCUGGGUGCCGUCCAGACGUUCCGGGCCGAUACCGAAGUUCUCAUGCUAGCUACGAAUCUUCUGAAAAAGGAUCUUGUCGCCUCUUCUACCACCACCAUUGGUUUGCCCAUUGUCACGCUUCCGCACGUCAUAACACCAUCUCUUGCACUCUCAGUACUGCCAGACCUGCUCCCACGCCUGAGUCAUACACAUCCCAAUGUUCGUAAAAAGACCAUAGUGACGCUUUACCGAAUGGCACUUGUCUACCCGGAGACACUGCGUGCCGCGUGGCCCAAGAUCAAGGAGAGGUUGAUGGACAAGUCCGAGGAUUCGAGUGUCACAGCCGCCAUUGUCAAUGUGGUCUGUGAGCUCGGCUGGCGUCGGCCCCGGGACUUUCUGCCUCUUGCGCCACGACUAUUCGAGCUGCUGGUGGAUAGCGGGAACAACUGGAUGGCAAUAAAAUUGAUCAAGCUGUUCGCUACACUGACUCCACUAGAGCCAAGACUGGUUCGGAAGCUGCUGCCACCAUUGACCGAGAUAAUCCGUACCACCCCUGCCAUGUCGUUGCUGUAUGAGUGCAUCAACGGCAUAAUACAAGGCGGCAUUCUAGGCGAUGGCGAUAGCGCAGAUGGGCAGGAGGAGAUUGCCCAAUUAUGUGUGAGCAAACUGCGGAGCAUGAUAAUGGUGGACGGCGAUGCCAAUUUGAAAUAUGUUGCUCUUCUCGCUUUCAACAAGAUCGUGGUCACCCAUCCUUGGCUGGUUGCUCAGCAAGAAGACGUAAUUCUCGAGUGCAUCGACAGUACCGACAUCUCCAUUCGUGUCAACGCCCUCGACCUUGUACAAGGCAUGGUCAACAGCGACAACCUUGUGUCAAUAGUCAGCAGGCUCAUGCGUCAACUCAAGUCGUCUUCGGCUGACCAGAAUGAUGGACCGCGAAUUGCCAAUAUGGACGGCUAUGAUGAAGACGACGAUGAUUCCCGGUCUACACCCCGGAGAAGCGAGAAAACGCAAGACCCUCCUAUUCCUAACGAGUACAAAUUCGAUGUCAUCAAUCGAAUAUUGGCAAUGUGCAGCCAGAACAACUACAGCAACCUCACGGACUUCGAAUGGUACAUCGAUGUCCUUACGCAGCUCGUGCGUAUGGUGCCAAAUUCACAAGAUCCCUUCUCCCAGUCAACCUCUGGGCGUCCUGCCCAGAAUGACGUUUCCGAAAAGGUUGGCAACGAGCUGCGUACUAUUGCCGUAAAAGUGCAAGCAGUCCGCUCGGCCUGUGUCCAGGCGGCUGAAUCUACAGUACUGUUGCUGGCACGUGAUGCUAGCUCAGGUCUUGCCAACGUGCCUGGAGCCCUGGCCGCAAUCGCGUGGAUCCUUGGCGAGUUCUCGACGGAAUUGUCCUCGCCUGACGACACAUUGGGGCAACUUCUCCAACUGAUGUCCAAGGCACAGGCACCAGAGACCGUCGCAUCGUGCAUACAGGCGACAAUGAAAAUCUUCUCGCUAAUCACCGGAGAUGAAUCCUCAUUGUGGACUCCUGAACGCAAGUCGAAGACAUUGCUGCUGAUGGCGCGAGUCGUCGAUGCUUUUGAGAAGCUUGCGCUACAUCCAAACCUGGAGGUGCAGGAGCGCGCUGUAGAGUUCACAGAGCUUCUCAAGCUUACAACAGAAGCUGCCACUAGUCAAGAAGUCUCAAGUGAGACGGUCGCUCAGGAUGCUCCGCUGCUCCUGACACAGGCUAUUCCAUCGUUGUUCACAGGGUGGACUCUGCAUUCUGUGGCAAUGGGCGCGCAAAAGAACGUCCCACCCCUCGAUGGACUCGAUCUUGAUGAGCCAAUCAACCCCAAUCUGAGCCGGUUGCUCGCUUCGGCCGAUAAUUCGGAUGUGGGCACCGAGGACGCUGACGAGUUUGACGCGUACUACCAUCAAAAGCCAGCUCCGACGAGCAUCAUGUCGGAGCCGGCAAUCAACAGGCUUGCCGACAAAAAUGAGGAGUCCAUCAGCUCGUACCAACAACCGACCGAAGAUAUGUAUCUCGACCCAGAUAUCGUUGCAAGGCGAAAGGCUGAGCGCAUGGACAAGAACCGCGACGACCCAUUCUACAUUGGAGCCGGGGCCGAUACACAAAGGUCAUCUACGCCAAUCCACAACAUCCUGCAAAACUCGAACGGGCCGGAUCUUGAUGUCGACUCGAUUCCGAUCAUGAAGCUUGACUUGGACAACAUUGGUGGUGCAGGUGGCGGCACAACAAACAACAAGAGGCCAACGAAGCCUAGGAUACGCCAAAAGAUAGAGAUUGCAGCAGACGAGAACUUGGCGAGCAGUGGCGUGAACACCCCGAGAAGCUUCGACUCUGACGGGAACAAUGUCGAGGCGAACGCAAGAGCCAGGGCGCGCAACCGCAAGCUCCUAGGUGUCGACUCGGCCAAUAUCGGCUCCCUGUCACUCGAAGGAGACCCGUCAGGGGUUGCCGGCCCGGGCUCGACAUUACAUCUCGACCCGGAAGCGCAGCAGCGCGAAGAGGCCGAGAUGGCAAAGGCCAUGAAGGAGGUGGAGCGCCUCCGCCUCGAGAUGCAGCGUGCCAACGAGCGCAUCCAUGUCGCCCAGGGAGUUGAUGCCGAGGGCGUCGUGGUCAAGAAGAAGAAGAAGACGACGACGACGACGACGUCGGCAAAAAAGUCAAGCGCCAGCUCGACACCAGUCUCCUCGCAGCAGCAGCAGCAGCAGCAGGCAGACGGCAAUGAUGAGGCUGCUGGCGUCGUAAAGCCCAAGAAGAAGAAGAAGAAGGUUGCCGCACAGCCCGCGAAUUCUGCUGCCGAUGCAGAAGCCGAAGAGGCAGGCACGUCCUCUGCCGCCAAGCCGAAAAAGAAAAAGAAGAAAGUCGCAAGGACUGUCGAUAUGCAAGGUGGAGGGGAAGAGUAGUAGAGUUGAUCAAGUAAAGGCAACCGGUCUAUGGUGAAGCAUAUAGAGAUAUCCACCCAAUAUACAGGGAGAAAAGUCUUGCCUGCAUUGGCUCUUUACGACCGAAGAAACAUGUAUGCAGAA